AUGAAUAUCCAAAUUCAAGAAAAAUUACCAUUUGUCAGUCAACGUUCAACAAGUCUUAUUGAAGAAUUAUAUAAAAAUCUAAUGAUGAUACCUGAAGAUCAAAAUCAACAACGUAAAACAUGUACACAACUUUUGGAUGAUAUGAUUGAAUCAUUAAUUGACAGUUUAUUCGUAGCUGAAAAUUCUAUUCAUGAGAAACAAAUUGAUGUCCUUUUGAAUCAAACAAAGUUUCAUCUUGAAAAAAUUAAAGAAAAUUUUUGGAAAUCGACAUUAAAUAUUGAAUCAUUUCGUAUCUUAUUUAAUGAAUUAACAGAAUGUAUUGAAGGUUCUUACAAAAUUAUGUCAAAUAUAUUCAAAUAUGUUUCUAGCAAAACUAAUAAAUUAACAACAGAAAAUCAAACUCUAUUUACGAAAAUGGAUGAUAUUAAAAAAACAAAUACACAAUUACUUACAGAUAUUGAAGCAAUGCAAAAAGAACAAAAGGAAUUCAAAGAAAAAAUUGAACAACUUGAAGAACGAGAAUUAAAAAGAAUAGAAAAAGAAAAAUGUUCUGAACGACAAGCGUUGAUCAGAGAUUUAUUUUUAGUACCUAAAAAUCGGUUACGUGAAGAAUUGAUACGCAACAAUCUUCCAGAAACUCAGGUGGAAAUUUAUUCAAAACGAAAAAUUGAUAGCAAGAAAUUAUUAUCUGAUUAUCCAUUAUUAUAUUCAAUUUUACAAAAGGUAUCCGAAGAAUUCGAAAUUGAUCCGGUUCACAUGUUGAAUUAUCUUAAACAAGAAAAAGAUUUAGAUAAAUAUUUUCAUCUUGAUGCCGAUCUUACAAAAUAUGCCUAUGAACAUACAAAUUAUGAUUUAAAACAAUUUUUAGAAAACAAAAAAAUGCAUUCUCUUGAUGAAGAAGAGUACGUUCUAUUACAACCGUAUAAAGAUGCUUUAAGAAAACAAGUACCAAAUGAUGUUUUAAAAGAAUUACUUGAACAUAAUCAGCAAAAACUUCUUACUGAAAAAUCACAUUUAAUUGAUACAAUUGCAGAUUGUAUGGCCUUUGGUCCAUUAGAAUACUGUUUAGCAUAA